CCCACACAUAUUGCUCUAACAUGGAAGAAAGAAAGCGGUCUGUUACUGUUGCCAUCGAUUUUGGAACGACAUACUCCGGGUUUGGUUUUGCUGAAGCAAACGUUUCGGGCGAGUCGGGUAUACAAGUAUUUCGUGGAUGGGGUCGUGGCCAAGGAUUCAGCUUCUACAAAACACCAACCAGCGUCCUAUUAGCGCCGGAUGGAAAUUUUAGCAAAUUUGGCCAUGCUGCUGUCGAAGCUUAUGCCAAAAAUCUGGCUAAAGGAAAUAAUCAGGAUAUCAUUUACUUUGAGAGGUUCAAGUUAGUUCUCUACAAUACAAAGGCUCUUUCCAAGGACACCAGCCUGAUGGCAUCAAGCGGAGCAGUAGUCAAAGCUUUGGACUUGUUCUCAGUGUGCCUGGCAUAUUUGGGUGACAAGGCAAUGGAAUGCAUCAAUGCCAGUGGUCAGCGGGGUAAAACUUAUGAGUCGCGUGAUGUACAAUGGGUGGUAACGGUUCCCGCCAUUUGGGAGCCGACUGCCAAAGAAUUCAUGCGCGAGGCAGCUUAUAAGGCAGGAUUGGCGUCACCCGACGACCCAGACCAACUAUUGAUUGCUCUAGAACCUGAAGCAGCGUCGUUUUACUGCAGAACGCUACAGAUGAAAGACUUCCUGGGGGAGACUGGAGACGAAUCAGUGAACGAAGACCUGGCUUCAUAUGUCGUUAUAGAUAACGGAGGCGGUACCUUGGACAUAACAGUACAUGAAAUACAGGAGGACGGCACGAUCCGCGAGAUUCACUGUCCAGCGGGUGGCCAACUGGGAGGCAUACACGUAGAUAGGGAGUUCCAGAGCAUGCUGGUGACAAUAUUUGGAGAAGAUUUUAUCAACAAGUUCAGAAGAGAUUUCCCAAACGACUGGCAGAAAAUAAUGAACGAUUUUGAGAUACAGAAGAGAGCUGAGGAAGGCGUCGACAACGAGGAAGUCAGCAUAACUUUACCAUUUAACUUCGUGAACGCCUAUUCACGCGACAUUGGAAGUGACGAGAAUAUUAACGAAAGAUUGAAGAUGAACUACAAAAAUAACCAAGUGCAGGUUAGUAACGGUUACCUAAGUCUUAGUCUAGAGGUGAUCAGUGGUUUUUAUGAACCAGUUGUGCAAAAAACCGUGGGCGUUAUCCAGUCCCUCUUGGAGCAGAUCAAAGACGCAAAUGUGAACACGAUGUUUCUGGUAGGCGGUUUCUCUCAAGCACUACCACUGAGGAAAGCUAUAACCCAGGCCUUUCCUGACAUGAGGGUUUUGACCCCCCGCGAUGCCGAGCUGGCCAUCAUCAAAGGCGCAGUGAUGUUCGCUCAGGCACCAGAUUUGCUCACAACCCGGGUUAUGGCCAAAACAUACGGUAUCGACAUCAAUGAAACUUUUGACCCAAGUAAACACCCAGACGAGAAGAAGACAGACAUUUGCGGUGUCAGCUACUGCGAAGACGUUUUCGAUAUUCUGGUGAAAGAGGACGAACAGGUGAAGGUUGGAGAGAAGAGAACGUUUUUCUUUUCACCUGUGCACCCGGAACAGACAACAGCUUCACUUCGUUUCUUUAGCACUCACAACAAGAAGGUGCAGUUUGUGACAGACCAAGGAGUCACAGCAGAGAAUGUGGCCUUUCAGAUCGUCAGCCCGGAUGUUUCCAAAGGGAUUCACCGCAACAUAGAACUGGAUGUCUACUUUGGCGGAACUGAGAUCAAAGUCUUUGCGACUGACGUCACUUCUGGAAGUUCUGCCAAAGCCGCGCUGAGACUAGUGACCAAGAAUUUAACAUGAUCUCACGGACAAACGAGCAAGAUUUUCGUAGAGGACUUAAAGAAAAUUCCUCGUACAAGUUAUUCAAACAGGAAUUAUUUUCAUUGAACUUGCUCUAGUCACAUUAAAAUACAUAAUAAAAAUAUUCUGAGGGGAAAAUAAACAGCUGGUAUCAUAAGCAAUCUACUCAAGUGAAUGAAAAAUCCUUGGAAUGAUCACAUUUUAACUUUUAAGUUCGAUUUCUAAACAGGCAUUUUAAUUUCCCAUGUUUUUAUUGCUUGCUUUCCUAUAAAAUUCUAACUUUUUACCUAAACUAUGAUGCAUUGAUGAUCCAUUUGCGAAAUCAUGAAGUUGUUUUCCAUGUAAGAAAAAGUUACCAAAACAGUGUAAAGACAAAACGUCCUUGCGUUAACUCUUAUCUGACUUGUUUCCUUCCUGGUGGCUUUAGCAGACCUCACGCAAUGCUGUCACGACGACACACUUUUGGAAAUGUUUUUUGCGUGACAGUCUAAAAAACAGACAACUGCGAAUUCGACUUUUUUUUUUCCGACCAAUUCCCGCCAAACUAUGUUCGUGAUCAGUUUGAGCUGAUUACUUUCCCGACUAAAAUCGUUGCUUCCUAAGGUAAUUCUCUCGUUUCGUGCAUCUUUUCCUCCCCUUCACUUGUUAUUUUGUGAAGUAACCUGGAGAUUAAUGGUUACCAAACUCCUUCCCUUCAUCACGUGCCCACUGUCGAGUCAGGGCUGGUAGACUGAGUCCUACUUGGCACAGACUUCCCCAUUAGGAUCUUGUUUGUCAGACGUACUACCACGUAAAACAGCCUCACUGGUACUUGACUGAAAAAAUAAAAUAGAUGUACUAAUAGUGCGCUUUGCAAAACAGACCUUAAUCUCGUACGAUAAACUUCUCAAUAUGAAUCAAAGUCCAUAAAUACGUCGUGGUACCAGGAAGAAUAAUUUAAACUAAGGCUUCAAACCUAAAAGUAACUAUGUCAAGCGUUCCCGUCAUGUCGUCUAUACCACCAAAUUUUGUUCUUGGGAACCUGCCAUACUUUAUCUCCUGAGGGGAGGGUUAGAGGAUUAUUGGGGGACCACAUGCUUUUCAGAGGGGGAUGGUAGGGAAGAAUCAGUCGUC